AUGCAUGUUGUCAGCCCAAUUACUGUCGGAGAACAAAUCAAAAGAGGAGGAAAAAGUUACCCACUCAAUACAGUCCAAUAUUUCACAUUAUUCCAAGCGCCAAAUGGACUUCCACCUCCAAGGAAUUGUGAUCAUGCCAUCAAUUUGUUACUAGGCUCUAAACCAGUCAAUCAGCAGCCAUAUCGCUACUCCUAUGAGCAGAAAAACAUAAUCGAGAUGAUGGUGAGAAAAAUACUGGAAGAACAAGCUAGUUCUUCACCAUUCGCAUCCCUUGUGAUUUCGGUCAAGAAGAAGGAUUUUUCGUGGAGGUUUUGUGUUGAUUAUCGCAAACUAAACGAGCUGACUCUGAAAAACAAGUAUCCCAUUCCGGCGGUAGAAGACUUGUUGGAUGAGUUGCAAGGGGCAAAGCUUUUUUCCAAAUUAAAUUUACGGUUAGGCUGCCAUCAAAUACGAAUGAGGAGAGGGGAUGAGUACAAGACCGCUUUUAAAACACAUCAUGGGUUAUGGGAAUUCCGCAUAAUACCGUUUGGAUUGACAAAUGCCCUUGCUACCUUCCAGGCUUUGAUGCACGAAAUCUUUGGUCCGUACCUAAGGAAGUUCGUCCUCGUAUUUUUUGAUGACAUUUUGGUUAACAGUGCUAACCUUGAAGACCAUAUUAGGCAUCUCAGAAGAGUGUUUGAACUAUUUCAGCAAAACAGGUUGUUUGCUAAAUGA